ACACGUACGCGCGUGAGGCUAGCUAUCUACACCCACACUGCCGUGCUGAUCGAUCAGGCCUCCCAGUUCAUCAACUAGCUAGCUAUGGCCAUCGUCCUGGAUGCCUUCGCGUCCUACGUCGGCGACCUGCUCAAGCAGGUGGCCCAGGACGAGCUCACCCUCCUGCUCGGCGUCUCCAGCGAGAUCGCCAGCCUCCACGAAAGGCUCAACAGCCUCAAGGACUACCUCGCCGACGCCGAGCGCCGCCGCAUCACCGACCAGAGCGUCCAGGGCUGGGUCAGGAAGCUCAAGGACGUCAUGUACGACGUCACCGACAUCCUCGACCUUUGCCACCUCAAGGCCAUGCAGCGUGGCGGCGUCGGCUCAUCCGCACCUCCCGUCAACAUCAGCUGCCUGGACUCGCUGCUCUUCUGUCUCCGCAAUCCGCUCUUCGCCCACGACAUUGGUAGCCGCAUCAAGGCGCUCAACGCCAGGCUCGACGCCAUCUGCAAGAGCGCCGCCGCCUUCAGCUUCCUCAAGCUGGAGGCCUACGAGGACAUGGCGGCGCCUCGCCGACCUAGUGCCGCCGACCGCAAGACGGACCCGGUGCUGGAGCGGUCGGCUGUGGUCGGAGAGAAGAUCGAGGAGGAUACCAGGACACUGGUGAAGAUGCUCACCAACGGCAAGAACAAGAAGCAGAAUGCAGUGGUGGUGGUCGCCGUGGUGGGCACCGGCGGGAUCGGCAAGACGACGCUGGCGAAAAAGGUGUUCAAUGACGAGGCCAUCAAGGAAGCGUUCGACAAAAAGAUAUGGUUGAGCGUGACACAAGACGUGAACGAGGUGGAGCUCCUUAGGAUGGCCAUUAGGUCCGUCUCUGUCGGCGGUGCCAGCGAUGGUCGAGAGAGCAACAAGUCACUGCUGGUGCCCACACUCGUGGACGCCAUCAGGGACAAGAGGUUCUUCCUGGUGCUCGACGACGUGUGGAGCGACAGAGCAUGGAGCGGCCUGCUCAAGGUGCCCUUCAGCCAUGGCGCCGCCGGCAGUCGUGUCCUCGUCACCACCCGCCAUGACGCCGUCGCCCGGGGUAUGCAAGCCAUGCACCCCUUCCACCACGUCGACAAACUGUGCCCUCCAGAUGCAUGGUCACUGCUCAAGAAACAGGUAGUUUCAAGUGAGAUGGAGGACGUUGAGAUUGAUGAGACGCUCAAGGACAUCGGAAUGGAGAUAAUAGACAAAUGUGGUGGAUUGCCUCUUGCUGUCAAAGUAAUGGGGGGACUCUUGUGCCAAAAGGAGAGACGGCGAGCAGAUUGGGAGAAAAUUUUGCAUGAUUCUAUAUGGUCAGUACCUCAAAUGCCUGAUGAGCUAAACUAUACUAUAUACUUGAGCUAUCAAGAUUUGCACCCUUGUCUGAAGCAGUGCUUUCUGCACUACUCCCUCCUCCCCAAAAAUGUGGAUUUCUUCAUUGACACAGUUACUAGCAUGUGGAUAAGUGAAGGAUUUCUUCAUGGGGAAACUGAUGAUUUAGAACAAUUAGGAGAAGAGUGCUAUAAAGAGUUAAUUUACAGAAACUUAAUAGAGCCAAAUGCGGAGUACGCUGGAGAAUGGGUUAGCACCAUGCAUGAUGUUGUUCGCUCAUUUGCUCAACAUCUGGCUAGAGAUGAAGCACUUGUAAUUUCAUCUAGAGAUGAAAUAGGCAGGGGUGCACUUAAAUCACAUAAAUUUCUCAGGUUGUCUAUAGAAACAGAUGAUUUGCAACCGAAUGAUGAAUUUGGGUGGAAAAUUAUACAAGGGCAAAAAUCACUUAGAACACUAAUACUAGUUGGUGAGCUUAAGAUUAACCCAGGGGAUUCAUUGAUUACUCUUUCAAGCCUAAGGACUCUACACAUAGAAAAUGCCAACUGUACUUCCACAUUGGUUGAAUCAUUGCAUCAACUCAAACACUUGAGGUACAUCUCCCUAAAAUGUGGUGACAUAACUAGAUUGCCAGAAAACAUUGGCAAGAUGAGAUUCUUGCAGUACCUUGGCCUUGUAUGUGAGAAUUUGGACAGGCUUCCUAAUAGCAUUGUAAAGCUAGGACAAUUGAGGUAUCUUGACCUUAGUGGCACAAGUAUAACUAGUAUACCUCGAGGGUUUUGUGGCCUAACAAGCUUGAGGACUUUAUAUGGUUUUCCAACCCAAGUAGAUGGUGAUUAGUGUAGCUUGCAAGAGCUGGGGCCUCUUGCUCAGCUCUGGGUUCUUGGACUAAGUAACCUAGAGAAUGUACCUGCUAUCUCGUUCGCUGCAAAGGCUAGGCUUGGUGAGAAGGCCCACCUUAGCUACUUGAUGUUAGAAUGUAGUAGUAGACUUGGUGAAGAUGGUUUUGUACAAGACGAGAAUGGUGUCCCCACGGAAGAGCAGCGGCAAAUCGAGGAGGUGUUCAAUGCGCUUACCCCGCCACUGUGCAUAGAGAGCAUUGAGAUUAGUGGCCAUUUUGGAGAGCAGCUACCAAGGUGGAUGAUGUCAAGAGUAGCAGGUGCAUAUGAGAGGUUGUCGAUGGUGAUCAUGGAUGACCUCGCUUGCUGCAACCAACUCCCAGAUGGCCUCUGCCGACUUCCGUCUCUGUAUUACUUUCAGCUCACCCAUGCCCCUGCAACCAAGCGUGUUGGCCCUGAAUUCCUAACUAUACUACCAUCAUCGAGCCAACUCCGCCAAGCUCAUGCCUUCCCGAGGCUGAAGAGGAUGAAUCUGAUAGGCAUGGUGGAGUGGGAGGAGUGGGAGUGGGAUCAACAACUAAAUAGUGUGCAUGCAAUGCCUGCAUUGGAGGAGCUUGUGAUCGAAAACUGCAAGCUGAGACGCCUUCCUCCUGGCCUUUCCUCACAAGCAACGGCCUUGACAAGCUUGUACCUACGUAACAUCCAACAACUCAAUUCUGUGGAGAGCUUUGCUUCUCUUGUCAAGCUUGAGGUGUAUGAUAACCCCAACCUGGAGAGUAUCACUUCCCUCAACAAGUUACAGAAGCUCGUCAUUGACGGCUGCCUGAAGAUGAGGAUAUUGGAGGGGGUUCCUGAGCUGCUGAGGCUAGAGCUCAAGGACUUAGAUAUGGAAGAGCUUCCAGGAUACCUGCUGCAGAGUGUGAGUCCUAGGCAUCUGGUGCUAGACUGCAGCUUGGAGAUGCUCACAGCCAUAUCAACAGGAGAAUCCGGUCCUGAGUGGAGCAAGUUGAGCCGUGUCCAGCAUGUGAAGGCCUAUGCUGACCAAGGAGACAAUGAACGGAGGUGGCAUGUGUUGUACACGAGAGAUCCCUAUAGAUUCGAGACAAAUAUUGGGAUCAGCUCUUCUUCUAGUUCUGGAGAAUCAGGGGAUGAUGAGGAAUAGUACAAAAAUACUUUGAGAGCUCACAACGACAAGGAGCUAGCCUCACUACCUAUCAAGAACAAUUGUAGUUCAAACUUGUGGGCAAAACAAAACUAUAUCAAAAGAUCAGAGGUCAACCAAAUCUUGAGAGAAGUACGCAGGUAACACAAAGGGGCUCAUCAGAUACCAAAGCUUUUUCAUUGUUAUACUGUCAUCAAUUUGGAAUGUCUUUAAUUAACUACAUUGAACAUAGGAAAGGGUAGUAAAUUAACAAGCCAUGGGCAUGUGACAUAGAGUGUCAUUCAAUAAUUCGAGAUAAUAAUGCUCCAACAAAAAGGUGGGUUUUUCAGGCUUCCAACUGAAGAUUUUCAUAAUGGAGUCACACAUCCAUGAGUCACUGAUUGGAUUCAAGAGAUUUUUUUUGCUAUCUCCUUGAAGACCUCAUCCAUGUCAAGCUUCUUCAUCACCUUGAAAGGUCAUGGCAUGUUCUGCACACAAAUUGGAGUGUGUUCAAUCAAAAACAAAAUCAUGAUGUGCCCUAAUUCCUAGAAGUAUUGUAAUCAUUACAUAGAAUGGUAUCUCAAAGAAAUUGUCCAAAUAAACAUUAUUGUGGAGUACUAGAUUCGUUGUAAGGCAAAUUGGUUAUUUCCGACAAGUCUAGUUAGAAGAAUGUUGUAAUUAGAGGAAAAUACAACUUUUUUAUUACCUAAAUUAUUGAGGGCCAAAAUGUGCUAGUGAUGGUUUUCUGCCAAAAUGUGCUAGUGAUGGUUUUCUAUUAUGUUGUUGCCUUGGAUGUUGUUUAGCUAUUGCCGUAAGUGUCAAUUUAG